AGUUAGACAGCACAGCUAUUGAAGGGGAGCUGGAAGCACCUGAUGCUCAUCUCUGGGACAAUCCGCUCCAUGUUUCUGUCCUCUUAUCCGCGACGAGAAUAAAUCUACCUCCACCGAGCUCCAUCGUUGUCGACAUUUUUUAUUUUUAUUUUUACCUGAUCUCCUUCCUUUUUUUCUCUAUUUUUUAAAACCCAAUUGAUAAGGAGACUUUGCACUACUCUAGCCUUUAAAAAUCUGUUUACUGUGUUUUAGUUUUUAUUUUUGCACUAACGAUGCACACCACGCAAAAGGACACGACCUACACGAAGAUCUUUGUCGGCGGUCUUCCCUACCACACCACGGACUCAAGUCUCAGGAAAUAUUUUGAGGUUUUUGGUGAGAUUGAAGAGGCGGUGGUGAUCACCGAUAGACAGACCGGCAAGUCCAGAGGUUAUGGAUUUGUGACGAUGGUGGACCGCUCUGCUGCCGAUAGAGCAUGCAAGGACCCAAAUCCGAUCAUCGAUGGGAGGAAGGCCAAUGUGAACCUGGCCUAUCUGGGGGCUAAACCUCGGGUGAUGCAGCCAGGUUUUGCCUUUGGUGUUCCCCAAAUCCACCCAGCGUUUAUCCAAAGGCCUUAUGGCAUCCCGACCCAUUAUGUGUACCCCCAGGCCUUCGUUCAGCCCAGUGUGGUGAUUCCUCAUGUGCAGCCUGCAGCUGCCGCUCCCGCCGCCGCCACCUCUCCUUACAUCGACUACACCGGUGCUGCCUAUGCACAGUACUCCGCAGCAGCCAACGCAGCAGCUGCCGUGGCCUACGAGCAAUACCCCUAUGCCGCCUCUCCCGCUGCCCCAGGUUACAUGGCCACCGCUGGUUACGGCUUUGCUGUCCAGCAGCCUUUAGCCACCGCAGCCCCAGGCUCAGCGGCUGCUGCAGCUGCAGCUUUCGGGCAAUACCAGGCUCAGCAAAUGCAGGCCGAUCGCAUGCAAUAGCAGCGGCUGCAACUGUUGCACAAGCAAAGAGAAGGACGAUCCACCGCUGGUCACAGCUGAAGUAUGACAAGGAUACAAGAAGACAGAUGGAGUUGCCUUGAUGGUGGAUCCUGUCAACUCCGAGGUUUAGUUUCCCUAAAAGUUAGUGGUGGUGAGGAUAAUAGUGAGGUGGGAUAGGAUCUCUCCAACUUGCUGUGCUUUAUCUAAACAAAAAGCUGAAAAUGAGAAAAAGGUCACAGAACAAACCUAGGAAAUUAUCACUGUUGGUAUUACUAUGAAUACUAUUGUUUUUGCUACUGCCACUGUAGUAGAGUUUCUAGAGACGAAUGACAGGAAGACAGGGUGUUACACUGUUGGCCUUAAAGUCCUAAUGCUGUCUCUAACGUUAGUUUUGAGGAAUAGCCUCUAUUUUUCUGCCUGUCAUGUUUCCAAAGUGUUACUUGGUUAUUUAAUGCCCUCAUAACAUUUUUAUUUUAUUUAUUACUUUUGUUAAUAUCACACAUUGAGGGUUCUGCUUGUAUGUUUUGUUUUAUGUUUUUUUUUUUGAGUUGAUGUUUUCUGAUAAUCAGGGAAAUGAAACCGUUUCCAAUGUGUUUUUUUUUUCUCUAAAGUUCGGUCUGGAAGUCUAGGUGUUGUUAAUCGUCAUGUGGAAAACACAUGUGAAGAACUUGCUGAAUAAUCUUCCUGAUGCUGAAUGUCCCAUUUACUUUUUUUUUUACUCAGCCUCAACCUCUUGACCUAUGCAAAGCAAACAAAUCAACAAAAGAGAAAGAAACUGAAAUUGUCAUCAGCUCUGACUAGACUCUUGGACUACAUGGAGGGAGGAGGGGGGGGAUUUGGAAAAGACAACAGAAACCCUGACAAAAAAGAGGGGGGGAAACAAUGAGAAACACUAAAUCUGUUGCUUCUCUACAUUUCACUUACAUUCAUGCAUCCAGAGGCAGCAGAGUGCUGAAAAGCAAAAGCAGCACAGUGGCGUUUCUCUCUGUGAUGGAGGGGGCAGCUGCUGGAGGGGGCGGGAUUGGUGGACGCAGCAACUCCAGCGCUGCACAGAUGGAUCUCUCUGGAAAGAACGCACCGUUUGUUGAGCUGUCACAUUUUAAUCCCCGGCAGAGCCCUUUUGGGAACCGACAUUACACCCCUCCACCCCCCCCCUGGGCACCCACCAUGACCCCUACCCCCCCUUCCUCCAGUCGUGUCAGCAUUUCCACCUCUGUGCUGCUGUAGCAGGGUGUCAGGUACGCACUCAGAAUUUCUCCAAAGCUAACCCGACAACUAGCCUGGCUCGAAUCUGUUAGAACCAGUAGGUGGGGGUUGGAGAAAAUAGGGGUUUCCUCAUUGAUGUCAUGUCGGUCUAUGUGCCUUACAGUAUUUUCAGCUAUUUAACUUAGAGAACAACAGAAAAACGGACAAAAAACUAUUUAAGUUAUUUAUUUUUGCAGGUUGUUGACACUCUUAAGAGUAGAUACUUAGUGGAGGUACUGUGUUAUUAAUAUUAUUAUGUACUCAUCUCAAGGCAUAUAUAAGUUAUUGAUUAGUUCAUUACUAUUAUUAUUAUUAUUAUUAUUAUUAUUAACAUGCUGAACCAAAAACAAUAAUGUAGAAGUUAUUUAAAACACUGUUAUGUGCACUGUACUUUUUAUUUUUGGACUAUUUAGAACAAAACAUAAAAUAGUUGCAUUGUGGAUUUUAAUGCAGGCCUGUUUGCAUUGCAGGUUGUACUCUGAGUCAUCUAUGUUUAGCUGAGAGGAAUUAUUAAGAGGUUUUACAAAAAAGCAAAAAAAUGCUGCUUUUCUCUACUAGAAUGUAUAGCCGCCGUUGGGCUUUCAGUAGCUUAUGUUGCUUCAUAUUCUUCAGAUCGGCUGUUUUACACUGUUGGGAAAUUUUUUAUACUUGAACUUUUUCUUACAAGGGAAAUAUGUAAUAGAAAAUGGCAAAAAAAACAACAAAAAAACAUUUUCAUUGUCAGUGGAUGAAGGCUUUUAAAGCAUUUAUAAUAAAACCUUUACUUCAGAAUUUCAACCACAUUUAAUCAA